AUGUUGUACGAAGCGCUGGCUUCGCUUGUGCCUGCCAAUGUUGCGCAGCUCACUGGACCGAUCCAACAUUGGCAGCCAGGUGUGACGCCCAUGUCUACGUUGACUUCGGUAACGGUCGCGUCACUUUCCUACGUGGUCGCCGUGCUUGGUGGGCAAGCUAUUAUGCGACAUUUCCCUGCUGUGCCUGGUCACUACCUGAAGGUGCCGUUUUUUUUGCACAACGUGCUGCUGAGUGUAGGAAGUCUGAUCUUGCUGCUUUUAUACCUGGAGCGGGAGUUUCAGCUUAUGGCUAGGUAUGGCCUGCACGAAGCCUUUUGCCUGCGGUCGCUGUACUUUGAAGUUGAGAUGUUCCAUAUCAUCAACUACUAUUUCAAGUACUGGGAAUUCCUUGACACAUUUUUCCUGGUGAUCAAGAAGAAAAAGCUGAUGUUUUUGCACGUGUACCACCACAUGGCCACGGCAGCACUGUGCUACUCGCAGAUCGUGAAUGAGACCCCGCUUUCAUGGGUUAUCAUUUGCCUCAACUUGACCGUUCAUGUCAUUAUGUAUGGAUACUAUGCUAUGACCUCCAUCGGUAUCCGAUGCCCGUGGAAGAAGAUGGUCACAUCGAGUCAGAUUAUCCAAUUUGUGAUCGACGUGGCCAUCUGUACCUAUGGAAUCUAUCAUCACUACGUGCCGCAGUUCGCGCCUUGGCUUCCAUACGUUGGUUUCUGCUAUGGCCGCCCUGCCGCUGCGUUUUCAGGUCUUGCCAUCUUGUCGAGCUACCUUUUCUUGUUCAUUCUUUGUACGUCCCAAUGUUGUUAG